UUUUUGCAGUUUGCUGUUUGGCAGUUGCCCGUUUGCUGUUUACCGUUUGUUUGGUCAGCGCUCGAUUCACGCGUUUUUCGCGUUUCAAUUCUCGCGAUUCUCGAUAUUCUUGUUGUUGCUGUUAUUUGCCAAUAAUGUUUUUAAUUGCACCAAACGCUGUUCAAUUUAUGAUAUAAGUGCGAAUGAAACCCGAUAGCCAAAGGCCAAAGAACGGAAAGAAAAAGAAAACGUAUAACAACAGCAACAGCACAACAACAAAUAAAUAAAAGUCUUGUCAAACACGCAGCAACAACAACAACAACAACGAAAACAAGUGCAAGUGCAAGUGCAAUAAGAAAUGUGCUAAAAAUCAGAAAGAUGACGGUUGGGCAAUGCCCGCUUAUCGCAGCAGGGCGGCAGUAAAAGCGAGGCACGGAGAGGCACGCACUAAUUUAGAGGCGUAGUCAUGCCCGGUGCUAGGAAAUGCAGUGAGACUGGGAAAGGUAUGCGGCAGCGGCCGGAUACACUGGAGCUGGAUGUACUAAGCGGGGACCAAGAUGGCGCAAAAUACGAUAUAAGGGAUGAGGAGCAGGGUCAGGUGCAGGAGCAGACGGCAGCAGUGACGCGUCGCACCCGUUGGUUUCAUUUUGCAAGUAAAUCGCGACGCCGUCGACGACAGCGAUGCGAGGAGGAGCAGAUGCAGCUGGCGCUGGAACAGGAGCAAGAGGAGCAGCUGCAACAGCAACAGUCGCAGCAACAGCUGCAGGUGCGGCUGGCCCAGCCGGAGACCAUGAACAUUGGCAAUUCGAUGCUGACAAUGACCUCGCCCUUGACCGCAAACUUAAAACCAACGGUGACAACGACAACAACAACCACGUCGAGCGAUUUGGCCGAAAGCUUCUAUAGCCUGGCCAAUGCGGACAUAACGGAACCGCCUAUAACCGCCGUCGAUGUGGAACUGCAGUACAAGGAACAGCCACUGGCCAAGCCGCGUUUGUCCAUGCUGCAGCGCUUCGCUAGCUGGCGGCGCAGUGCGCCCGAUAGCCUGCCCAGCCGUCGUUGCAGUCAUAGUCCAGUGUCCGACGAGCUGGACUCGCAGCAGCCCCAGCUCCUGGCAUCGGCAUCGGCGCGUAAUUUGCGGCGCUUAUCGCAACUGCGACGCCGACGCAGCUCGUACUAUUUCUCGGAUAACGAACGCAGGAUUCGCGCCAACGACAAGGAAUUCAAUUCUCAGUUUAAAUAUCACAACAACUAUAUUAAGACGUCGAAGUAUACGCUGUUAACUUUCCUGCCGUUCAAUCUGCUCGAGCAGUUUCAGCGUUUGGCGAACUUCUAUUUUCUGUGCCUGCUGGUGCUCCAGCUCAUCCCGGCGAUAUCCUCGCUGACCCCGGUAACGACGGCGAUACCCUUGAUUGGAGUGCUGACGCUGACCGCCGUCAAGGAUGCCUACGAUGAUAUCCAACGACAUCUGUCCGACUCGCAGGUGAACAACCGCAAGUCGAAGACACUGCGCAAUGGGAAACUGGUGGAGGCGAAAUGGUCGGAUGUGCAGGUGGGCGAUGUGAUACGUUUGGAUAACAAUCAGUUUGUGGCCGCCGAUAUAAUGCUGUUGACCACGUCGGAACCAAGUGGUUUGUGCUUUAUUGAGACAGCGGAGCUGGACGGGGAGACGAAUCUGAAGGCCAAACAGUGUCUAAUGGAGACCACAGAGCUGGGCGAGCAGCACGAUCUGCUGUGGAGCUUUAAUGGCGAGAUCAUUUGCGAGCGACCCAACAAUCUGUUGAACAAAUUCGAGGGCACACUCAUAUGGAGGAAUCAGCGAUUCGCACUCGACAAUGACAAGAUCCUGCUCCGUGGCUGUGUCCUGCGCAAUACACAAUGGUGCUACGGCGUCGUCGUGUUUGCCGGCGUCGACACCAAGCUCAUGCAGAACUCGGGCAAAACGCAGUUCAAGAGCACCGGCGUGGAUCGCUUGCUCAACUUCAUUAUUAUUGGGAUUGUGCUCUUUCUGAUCUCCAUAUGCGCAUUCUUUGCGCUCGCCUGCGCCAUCUGGGAGGGUCUGAUUGGCCAGCAUUUUCAGCUGUAUUUGCCGUGGGAGCACAUCAUACCGCAAGAGAUGGUCGCAUCCGGUGCAACGGUCAUUGGCCUGCUCGUAUUCUUCUCGUACGCCAUAGUCUUAAACACUGUUGUGCCAAUUUCCCUCUAUGUUUCAGUAGAGGUCAUACGCUUUGCUCAGUCGUUUCUUAUCAAUUGGGACGAGGAGAUGUAUUAUGCACGCACCCAAACAUAUGCCAAAGCACGCACCACCACGCUCAACGAGGAGCUGGGCCAGAUACAGUAUAUCUUCUCGGACAAGACGGGCACCCUCACCCAGAACAUCAUGACCUUUAACAAGUGCAGCAUUAAUGGUCGCACUUAUGGCGAUGUCUAUGACCUGCGCACCGGCGAGCUCAUCGAAAUAACUGAGCAGCAAACACUUUUCCAAACUAGCAACAGCAACAGCAACAGCAACAGCAACUGCAGCAGCGGCGGCGGCGGCGGCGGCGGCGGCAACAAACGCAGCGGCAGCUCAUCGACGGCAGCUGCCCCGCCCACAAUACUGGUGCACAAGGCGGAGGUGCAUGAGAAGAAGAGCGCAGUGCUGGUAACCACCGACGGUGGCACCCAACUGGCCCACAGUCCGGAGCAGCUGCACGGCCGCAUUGCCAGCGAACGCUUGUCGCCAACGGUGAGCACAGUGGAAAAUCCGUUGGCCCGGAAGCAGGUGCAUUACCUGUCGCCUAGCAAAAGUGUCAGCAACGAGGAUGAUGUGGAUGAUCCUGGCGGGCGCACCUGCACGCGCUCUGCCAGUGGCAGUGCCAGUGCCAGUGGCAGCAGCGGUUUGGGCGCUUGUUUUACGCGCAGCGGCCAGCGCAUGCGCCGCCAGCUGUCCGGCGGGCUGUCGACGAGCAGCGGCAGCAGCGACAAAGCACUCGAACCGGUAGACUUCUCGGCCAAUCCGCACCACGAGAGCGACUUUCGCUGGUACGAUCGCACAUUAUUGGAUGCGGUUCGCUCGGAUGAGCCGCACGCACAUAACUUUUUCCGACUGCUCGCCCUCUGCCAUACGGUCAUGGCGGAGACCGUAGAUGGGCGGCUCGAGUACCAGGCGCAGAGUCCAGACGAAGCUGCGCUCGUCUCAGCGGCUCGCAACUUUGGCUUUGUGUUCCGCACACGCACACCAAACAGUAUUACCAUCGAAGUGAUGGGUCGCCUGGAGGAAUACGAGCUGCUGCACAUACUCGACUUUAACAAUGUGCGCAAACGCAUGUCCGUCAUCCUGCGGCGCGGCAAUUCCGUGGUUCUCUACUGCAAGGGGGCAGAUAACGUAAUAUACGAUCGUUUGCACGGCGGACAGGAGGAUCUAAAGGCACGUACACAGGAUCACCUGAAUAAAUUCGCCGGCGAGGGUUUGCGUACUCUGGUGCUAGCGGAGCGUCGCCUGACGGAACAGUACUACAGCGACUGGCGAUUGCGACAGCAGGAGGCGGCUCUGUCCAUGGAUUCGCGCGAACAGAAGCUGAACGCAAUGUACGAGGAGGUUGAGAGUGAUAUGCAGCUGCUGGGCGUGACAGCCAUCGAGGAUAAGCUGCAGGACGGGGUGCCCAAGUCGAUAGCGAAUCUGCAGAGCGCGGGCAUCAAGAUCUGGGUUCUUACAGGCGACAAGCAAGAAACGGCCAUCAACAUUGGCUACUCGUGCCAGCUGCUGACAGAUGAGCUCGUGGAUGUCUUCAUUGUGGAUGGCAGCUCUGUGGAGGAGGUGGAGAAGCAGUUGCGUCAGUUCAAGGAGUCCAUCAAGAUAUUCGAUCGCUUUCGGCCGGGCGGCUCCGAGGCGCUUAAUCAUUAUAACAGUGACAGCAGUAUGGAUCCCAUGGGCGUUGCAAUGACGCAGACAUCCGCAUUUAUGCAGGAUCCAAACGGUUCGACCAUACCACAGCCGCCGCCAGCCAUAUCAGUGGUUACCUUUAGGUGGGAUGCGAAAAUUAAGGAUAAUAAGGGCGGACCGGACAGUGCCGAGUGCACAGAUCUCUUUGGCGAUGCCGAGAAAAGCGAGGACGGAAGACGUACUGCUCCCUCCGUUGUGGUGGAUGAGUCAACAGGCUUUGCCUUGGUUGUCAAUGGCCACUCACUGGUUCAUUGUCUGUCACCGGAGCUGGAGACCAAAUUCUUGGACAUUGCCUCACAGUGCAAGGCGGUGAUAUGUUGCCGUGUGACGCCACUGCAAAAGGCGCUGGUCGUCGAACUAAUCAAGCGUGCCAAAAAUGCCGUCACACUGGCCAUUGGGGAUGGCGCCAACGAUGUUUCCAUGAUCAAGGCUGCGCACAUUGGCGUUGGCAUCUCGGGCCAGGAGGGCCUCCAAGCGGUGCUAUCCAGCGACUAUGCGAUUGCCCAGUUCUGCUAUCUGGAGCGUCUGUUGCUGGUGCACGGACGCUGGUCCUAUUAUCGCAUGUGCAAGUUUCUGCGCUACUUUUUUUACAAGAACUUUGCAUUUACGCUGUGCCACUGCUGGUAUUCCCUCUUCUGUGGCUUCAGUGCACAGACCGUGUUCGAUCCCAUGUUCAUAUCGGUAUACAAUCUAUUCUACACAUCACUGCCGGUGCUGGCACUGGGCGUCUUUGAGCAGGACGUUUCGGACAAGCAUAGCUUGGAGUAUCCGCGUCUUUAUGCGCCGGGUCUAAAGAGUGAACUCUUCAACAUACGCGAGUUCAUCUACAGCGUUCUGCAUGGCGCCUUCACCUCGCUCAUCCUGUUCCUAAUACCGUAUGGCGUCUACAAGGAUGGCGUCUCGCACAAUGGCUAUAUAUUGAGCGAUCACAUGACUCUGGGCGCUGUCGUGGCCACCAUACUGAUCGUGGACAACACAGCCCAGAUUGCACUCUACACCUCCUACUGGACCAUAGUCAAUCACAUAACCAUCUGGGGCAGCCUCAUUUGGUACUUUGUGCUGGACUAUUUCUACAACUAUGUAAUUGGCGGACCCUAUGUGGGCUCCCUGACCCAGGCCAUGAAGGAUUUAACCUUUUGGGUGACCAUGCUAAUAACUGUCGUCACGCUGAUGGCACCAGUGCUGGCCUAUAAGUUCUAUCUGCUGGAUGUGCAUCCCAGCUUGUCCGACAAGAUUCGUCAAAGGUCGCUUAAGAAAGAUCACUCGCGCGUCUCGAGCGAUGUGCGACGUACACCGUCCUCGCGCCGUGGACGCCGCUCUGUGCGUUCAGGCUACGCCUUUGCCCAUCAGGAGGGCUUUGGCCGGCUGAUCACGUCGGGCAAGAUUAUGCACAAGAUGCCACAGGACUUUGCCUUUCCGCUGGGCUUGGGCACCAAGAAGACGCAGGCGCUGCACAAUAACCUGGGCGAUGGCAUACCACACAAGCAGACGCCCUCAACUGGCCACAACCACAACAACAUCAGCAGCAAAAACAAUAACAACACCAAUCUGCGAAACAAUCACAACAAUCAAAUACAUUCAUCAAUGGCGGAUAUUAGGCGCGAUGGGCAAAGCAGCAGUGAUAUGAAUCAUGGCAGCGCCAGCACGGACGAGCUCAGCCCGCGUGCGCCCUGUCAGGAUCUGGAUACAAUUAAUCUCUAGUAUCAGAACAACAUUAACAACAAAAACAACAAAAAAAAACACCAAAAAUAAUCGCGACUUCAACGAUUUUAAACGGAGGCAAACAGAAAACAAAAACUAAACAAACAAAAUCAACAAAUCUAUAAGCUUUAGCAACUAUAUAGUUUACAAAUGAGUGUGCGUGUGUGUAUAUAUGUCUGUCUCACUGUCUAUCUGUCUGUCUGUCCGUUUUGUACUUGCUACAUACUUGUUUUUAAUUAGAUUUACUUGUCUUUGUUAGCACUUUAUUUAUUUAAACCAACAAAAACUUACCCAAAAUAGUUCCAAUACCUCAUAUCUCCGAUCAGUCAAGCUAAGCGCUAUCUAGGUGAUUUCUCUUAAAUGAUAUAUUAUGCGCAUUGCUUGAGUAUUUAGUAUAUAGCAUUGUGAUUUAUUAUAUAAGUUUUUCCUUACCCACUUUUUUUUUUUUUUUUUUUGUAAUAGCUUUUAAAGAAUCUGUAUUCUCAAAUUCAUUGAAAGUAUUUUGUAUGUUUUAUGAGUACUCAACUUUAGCUCAGUUCCAAAGAGCAUUAAAUGCUUAAAAUAAGCACAUUUUCUUUUUAUUUAUUAUUAUUUUAGUUUAUUGAAUUAGUUGGCUAGUUUUUAAAGUUUAGCUGCAGUCUCAAAUAUACCAAAAAUAUGAAUCAAGUAUGUAUUUAGGUAUUGCAUCCAUUUCCAUUAGCAUGCAGUUCUGAUCUGGGGGAUUUCUAUCCCACUUUAUAGAACAAAUAUCUUUCAUGUUAGCCUGCAUUUAGAAGAAUGAAUGAAUGAAUGAAUAACGUGCAUGUAGGACCCUAGAAAUAGCUCUCUCUAUCCCUCUCUCUCUCUCUCUCUCUCUCUUCACACCUUCUGGCACACUUCCAUUCGUUCUUACUUUCGACGAGUGAUUCAUUUAAGUCUGUAUGUAAAUGGGUGUGCGUGAGUGUUUAUCUUAGGAUAACAACUAAACAGAACCAUUGAGAAACUGAAAGUGUACUUAUAUAAUUGUUAAAUGUUGUGCUGUGUCUUAAAGUAGAGAAAAAACUUCAAUUAAAAUUAAAACUAAUCUUUAACCAAACCAGGCCAAUUCAACUUACCAAUUAGGGUACUUGCGGUACUUUCGAAACAAGCUGUAAUUUCUAGUUAAUUAUGAUAUAUAUAUAUAUAUAUACGCAUAGGUAUAUUGUUAGAUGGUAAUCAUGUUAUGUCCAAACACACACACACACACACACACACACACACACACACACACGCACGCACACGCACACAUAGACAGUCAUACACAAAGAUACACUUCUGUGUUCCUAACUACUUGAAUAUACAAUAUGUAACUACAGUUCGAUCUAGAUCUACGUACUAAUAUUUUUAGCAGUGCAGUCCCUAGUUAUAAGCAUUAUUGUUAUUAGUAACCUCUGCGUGUGUGUAUGUGUGUGUGUGUGUGUGAGUGUGUGAGUGUGUGAGUGUGUGUGUACCUUAACUGCUUUUGCAUACAAAACAAAAAACAUACAUUUUGUUCAUCGAACACGAUGGAUUUGGGCACGGUAUUCGAAUUAUGUAUGGCAUAGAAUAUUAUUAAGUACCAAGCGGGCUGUGGGUUAGCAACGGGAACGAAUACAAAAAUGGAAGCGAUUAUAAACAACA